UAUUAUUCAUAUGUAAAGAGUGUUUUCGUAAAUUGGAAGAAUGGCAACUCCUUAUCCUAGACUAAUGUCAUCAUCAAACUUAUAUUCACCUUAGGUGUAUCUACAAGCUUUGCGAAUUUAAAGACAAUAGAUCCCUUAGAUUUAAAUCCUAACAUCAAUUACAAAAGAUUAUACAAUUAAUCAUUAUUGUGAAUAAUCCAUAGCUGUUUUGGAUUGUUUAAGUAAAAAAAGGAAAAGAGCUAGAAAGAAAUAAAUUAGAAGAAAGGGCAACAAAAUUAUCAAUGCUAGAAAUAGAUGAGCUAUC